AUGGGAAGAACAUUACCCGUACCGGUACUUUGUCAAGUUUGUGGUGAUAAAUCCUAUGGCAAACAUUAUGGUGUUUUCUGUUGCGAUGGUUGUAGCUGUUUUUUCAAACGUAGUAUACGAAAAAAUGUCCAAUAUCGUUGUAUUUCAUCAACAAAUGGCUGUCCUAUUGACAAAACACGUCGUAAUUGGUGUCCAUCAUGUCGUCUACAAAAAUGUUUUCUUGUUCACAUGAAUCCUUUCGCCGUACAGGAAGAACGUGGACCACGUAAAAGGAAACAACAACAACAACAGCUAUCAUCAGAAGCGAAUAAUAUAACAUCAUCAUCAUCAACAACACAUCAUCAUCAAAGGUAA